GUAUCCGUGCAGAUCAGAGCAAAGAGUACACUGACUAACACAAUGAUGACAGAGGAGUAUGGUGUGCUGUGAUCACUAAGUUAUGCGAGAAGUCUGUUGAAACAAACUGUCACAGUGUAAUGGAAGGGUUUGCGAAGAAACAACAUCCAAAAGAAGGCUGAGGAUAUAAAUAGACAGAAGUUACCGAUUUGGACUGAAGUUAUGUGAGUAAAGAAAUGUCCUCCUGCUGACCAUUGGAAUAUUUUCACAGUCAAGUUUAGCUUCAAGCAACAGCUUUUUUAAGAAUUGAAACACGGUUUCUUAGGGGUUUUAGAGCAAAUAGAGGGUACUUUAGAACAAGAUGUUCACACGGUAACAUGGUCUUAAAGGUUCAUUUGUUAAUUUCAAAAGAAUUUAACAAUAAAUUGACCUUGUGUGGACCAUAAUCAAGUAUGAUGUGGGUAUUAGUUUACUAGAAUGAGUGCUGCAGUGCCAAAAAUAGAGCAAGUGUGUGUAUAUAGAGAUAGAAAGGGAAUACUAUCCUGCCAGAAACGCUGUGUAGACCAGUGCUGCGCCGACUCUCGCAUUUGCUGUAUGGUAGCUUUUAAAUCUCACACACACACUAUGCUAGCAUUCACAGUCAGCUUUAAACCAUGCAGGUAGGACACUUAUUAGAGUGUGCACUGGAUGUGUAGCAAUCAUACUGUAGCAAAGUCCCCUGUUCUCUUUUGUUUUUCCACUUCCUUACCUCACCUACUUCAUUUCCUUUCCUAUCUUAAACAAUGAUUGACUCUUGCUUUCACCCUUUGUCACUCCUCAUUCAGCUGAUUAAGUUCACCUGAGUUCACUUUUUCUUUUGUUUUUGACCUUUGCAUGGAGCGGAAGUUUUGGUAAGAGGAGUUUAUUACUCUUUAGGUCCCGUCAAAUGUCAGUGGUAAUUGACUGAGAACUUUAUUCAUCCUUAUUUCUUUAAAAUAAACAAAUGACUUAAUUUGACUUAUUAUGUUAAGUUAUAAUCUUGGAUUUGCUUGUUUCAGAUACACCAGCCCAUGUGUGUCUUGUGCUCGCUGAAUGUUUUUAAAUUGAGUUUUGGAGAAAAUACAUUGCACUCUGAUCCGAUGCUCACGAUGAUGGUGAGCUUUUCAUUUUAAACCUCCUAAUUAACACACAUGCAUUGGUUACUUGAGGCUGCCAGAGUGGCAGUGGCUCUGCAUGUCACUGGACAGAUGUCGGAUAUUUCUUCUCUUAUUUAAAGUCAGUUUAUGUGUUUUAAAUAUUUCAUGACAAUUUCCAUCAUGCAACUUCAAAGUCAUGGUUGAAAAGCUGUUCUGGUUAAAGUAGAUGAAUUUGUAGCUGUUUUAAUUUGGUAAAAUAUUUCAGCUGUUUUUCAUCUUAAAAUGAGUCAUUAGUUGAACAGGUUAAUAAACUGAAAAAUCUUUCUAACUGUCAGACUAAAUUAAUUGGGAAAAGACAGAUGGAUUUCUUUGCUGUUUGGGUUUACACACAUCAGCGAGUGUGCAUGCAGGAUUUUAAUACAGAGGCAAACACAAAUAAUGAGGCUGACAGACAUUUCAAUGAGCCCAUGGGGAGUAGCAGGGAGUCCUUAGUUGUGAAACGGAAGUUUUUUGACUUGUUUUUCUAGUUCUAUUUUCUAUUUCCCAUAUGACUGGAAAUAAUCAGUGUUUUCUGAAGAUCAUUCUUCAUGUUUAAGUAUCAAAUGUAUGCUCAAUGCUUUUUAAAAUAGAAUAGAUUUAUUUUUUCCAGCUUACCUUAUGAUCCUUGAAUGCCUCCUUUAUGGGAUACACUCUGAUUUAUAUGCAGGCCUGUUGUGUGGCAUGUAGAGCAGACAGGCUCCAGAUCAGCGACACAGAGGAGAAACAGCCGCUCUCCGUGUGCUCUGCAUGAUUUAUGCGGAAGUCCAAAGCUCUCUUUAAAGCAGAGGGGGCACUCUUUAAUGCCAUGUUGUAUCCAGAAGUACUCCAAACAACAGUCACAAAAGCUGUGAUCACAAUCGAUGCAGCAGAGGACCACUGAAGCCAGAAAGAUGUCCCCACACACGGCGCAGCAGGAGUCGUCCACAGCCUGACCUGAGACGUCAACCUCCAUCUGUGAAAUGUAAUGUAGCACUGAUGGGGAGCGCCACAGUAAAACCUAUAUUCCCUCUGACAGUACAGUAUGUGCCAUUGGUGUUCGACUGCAUGUGGCCCUGCUGCAGGAGAGAAAGAGAGACCCGGCUCCUCUAGUUUCAUCAUAACUCAACGUGCAAGUUAAUUAAAGGCAGGCAACUUAUUUUUAUGCUGUUUCCUCAAGGGAAAUUUGCAGUUACUGUAACUGCAAAUCUAAAAUACAAUUCCUUUUAAUUUACAUAUAUGUAAUUGUCUACCAUUCACAUUUUGCAUGGAAUAUUUUAUGGUUUAAAAAGCAUUUAAACUGUUUGUCAUAUUCUAAAGCAGAUCCUCUUCAAUGCAAUUCAUUGUGAACGUUCAUUUUCUUCAUUAGAGUCCCGUCUGUGUUGCAAGUUCAUGAUCACAAUAAAAACCUGUAGGCAAAGUUAACCGAGUGCAUUUACACAAUCUAGAGUCAAUUUGAUUUAAUAAUGGACAUUUGGAGCUGGAUGUAUAAUAAGUCAAAAAGCUGCAGGAUGUAACAGAUAGGAAAAAGGCCAUUAAUGGCGUCACGAAUGUGUCUGCUCCCGUCUUCUGCCCUCACAUGUGUAACCAGUACUUCUGACAAGUUGUGAAUAUGGAUGAGGGAAAAAACAAUACAUCUUUAAUCGCAUGGUCCACUUUAUUGAUUUUCAUACAACAAUAACAAGUGUGCAUCUAUUCAAGGAUGCAAGACAAACUGCACAAGGAGAAACACAUAUUUACUGAAUAAUAAUAAAUGGAAUUAAAAGCUGAAGGUGUGUAAGGUGACAUUUCUGAUCCGCUAACAAAGAAAUGAGACGCAACAACAUGGUCCGACAGAAUCAAUGCAAGAGUUCAAUCCUCCAUGGCUUCCAGAGUUUAAAGUCUUAGUUGAGCCGGGUCAAUACGCUUCACGUGACAUUUCUUUUCUGGCUGACAAGAGAUUAAGGCAACCCUGAAUAUGCGCUCCACUCACACUGCUUAGCAUGACUCAUGAAAAUACUGUGGUUCACGUGGACAUUAAAUGACAACAUGUGUCCUUUAACACUGAAAUGUAUCAGAUUCACCUGAAGCACUGAACAUUUAACAGUAAAAACAAAUCUCAGCUGCUGCUGGGGCAUGAUGGAAACUCAGGAUAUGGUCAUAUCAUCAUCACCACCAGUUAUGAUGUAUGAGAUUGUAUGUACAUUCUUCAAAUCAUCACAGAAAGUAGUUUCUAUUAAUUAGCAUGUGAAUAGUCUGACGUGUAUUAAAUGUCUUUUCUGUUUAAAAUGGUUUCUUCCCUGUAUUUUACACAACAUUCUCAAAUUACAAACAAAUCAUUGUUUCCUGACUAUCCAGUGAUCUGAUAAGUUUAUAAUCACAUUAGAUACUUUUUGGCUUCAACAGUAACUUCGUAAUCUUUUUUUAUAUAGAGACAGAUUAACUUCACAUCAGCUUCCUGUCGGGGUGAUCGGAGGCCCGUCCAGAGCGUUGGUGUCGGACCUCCAGGUGUUUGCUCUGAACACGGUCAAAAUGCUGGAGCAGCUCGUUGUAAUCCACCUGAGAGUGAGAGGCACGUUUGGAGACUUGCUGCUUCGAGUCCAUGUACUUGGACUCGUCCACGGUCCUCAUGAGCUCCGGGUUGGGGACGCACCGCAGGCGGUGGGAGAGCAGCUGGAAGGCCUGGCUCUGUGGCAGCAGCAUCAGCAGGCCGUACAGCGCCUUUAUCAGGUAGGGGUUGUUCUCCACGUCUAGCAGCUGCAGGCGCAGGUAGGUGAAAAUGGGGCUUUCGAUGAGCUGCACCAGCUUGUCAACCUCCAUCAGGAAGUCUACCGUCACCUCCAGGUCUCCGAACUUCUGGAUGAGAUCGUAGGCGUGUUUGUAGUUCUGCGUGAGGAAACAGAGCGACACGGUGGCCACGGGGUUGUGGCACCACGAGCGAUACAGGCAGCAAAACAGAGCGCAGCUCUCCUGAGUGCGCAGGUCUUUCAGCUGGUUGCGCAGCUGGAAGAGCUCGGCCGAGGUGAGCAGGAUUGUGUUGAGCGUCUGCACCAUGGUGGAGGCAAAUUUGAGGUCCUCCUCCUUCAGCAAGAUGUCCGCCAUGGAGUGGAAGAUAUUCUCCGCGUGAAGCAACAGGCAGAGCUGCCUGAUGAUGAAAGCACCUCUGUUCUCCAGAAGCUUCCGCUCCAGGCUGAAGCGUUUCAGCAGGUUGAUCAUGAACUUGUAAAAAUAGGAGUUCAUGCUAGGAGUGGACGGGGACGAGUCCACUGUCUUGGCGCUCUCUGGGACCUUGAGCUCCAUCUUGUGGUCCGUGCUGUCGCAGGAGCCGACUUGGUCCAUUUGGCCAGCAGGAGAUGACGCUAUCUCGGCCAACACCUCCAGAUCCUUCAGUAUCACCUCGUCCGACUCGUCCGACAGCGUUUUCAGCAGCAUGGGAAACAGGCCGUCGGUGUGGCAGAACAUUUUGCGUGGUGUCUUGAUGUAGAGGUGGUAGAGCCAUUUGAGCACAGCUAUGCGGGUCAUCAUGCCGGUAGAGGAGUCGUGGAGGUGCCGGUCCAGCACCUGAACAAUACCGUCCAGGUCCAGCGUUACCUGAGGCCUGUCGGCACUGGCUGGAGUGAAGAAGCUGAUGUUACUGAAACCAACAGACUCUUGUGACGCAUUCAGCAUGUCAUUGCCGUCUGCCUCUGUCUUGGGCUGCCCGUCUUCUUUGGACGGCGACCCUGGACUCCCACUUUUCUCCUCAUCCUCUUCCUCGUCAUCCUCGGGAGUCACCAGCUUCAUCAGACUGUGAUUACAGGCACUGGCCGCUUCUUUGGUGUUCUUCUUCCGGUCAUCGUAGGAAAGGCAAGGCAGCACUGCAGUUAGGAUGCCAGAGGAGUAGGGGAGAACCGCUCUGCCCGCAAGCUGGAUAAACUCUCUCAUCCAGGUCAUGGCCGUCAGCUGGAUCAGGUCGUUUGUGAGCUUGGUUUCAUCUGCAACCUGGCAGUGGAUGACCAGGAUGUUGGCCAUCUCGGCAAACUUCACACUGGAGGGGGUCUUCUUAAUCUCCUUCAGAAACUCUCCGAGCACCACCUCACACGUUCUGCGGAUCUCCUUGCUGUUGUCUCCCAGGAUCUGGAAGAGCCCGUCCAGGAUCUCGGGGAGGUAGUCCAACAGGUUGAUGUCCGGCACCGACUCCAGGACGUGGAUCCAGGAAAUAAUAAACUGCCGAGCGUAUUGAUUAUUGGAGUAGAUUCUCUCUCUGAGCAGGGGGACGAACGCCACGAGGUCAAACUUAUUGCUUUCUGUCACAAUGUCUUUCAGGAGUCUGUCCAGGAGCUCAGACCCGCUUUUCACGUUGGGGUCUGGGUCUGCUGCGAGCUUGCUGAGACCGUCAAAGAGCAGGUUGAAGUGGGGCAGCACGGCUCCCCUGGCCACCUUCACUAUAUUAUAGAGGGCCUCGCAGGCAUAGUAGCGCAAGCGGCUGUCUGAGUCAUUAAAGCAUGUGAGCACAGGCUCAAUAAGCUCCUUCAGGUACAGUCCGGAGUCCUUGCCGAGGGCGAUGGAGCAAGCAGCCAGUCCAAUGAGGCCCCCCUUCCGGCUGUGGGGGUGCUGGGAAAGCGCAAACUCCGAGGCCAGGAUCUGGAUGACAUGUCUGAUUUGAGUGGAGUUGUUCUGAGCCACAAACUCCCGCACCAGUUUCUCUAUUUCCAGAGCCGCGACUUUCCUCUUCUCGUACAGUUUAUCAUUCAGAGCCCUGACGAUGUUGGGCGUCAGAGGCGCGAAGUCCUUCUCCGUGUUCAUGUUCGCAGCUGCGAUCGCACCGGGUCCCGUCUACUGAGGUCUACGUUGAAGUCGCGGAGAAAGCAGUCCUGAAUGACCAUUCGUUCAGAGAAAAACAACACAUCUGUUUCACUGGGGAACCAGGAAUUCUCGUAAUAACAAGCAGCUGACCGGUUGCAUCCGCCGGAAACGCGUCACGGUUGCACCGUGUAUUUAGGUCCCGCUCUACAAGAGAACCGUUAGCUCAAAUUAGCUUCAUUAGCUUCAGUGUGCAGCUAAACGCUGCAGUGUAGCUUCUUGAGUUGUGUUCAUACUUUUCUUUCUUUAGCUGUUGAAGGAGGUUGUGACGGUCGGCACUAACAAUGGCGAGCCGCCGCUCUUUUCACUCGCAGCUGUCCGCCAUCAUGGAGACAAUGGCCAGGUCUGCCCUGAGUCAGGUCUGCGAGCUGGUGGACGAAGACUUGGCUGAGCUCCGGCUGGGUUUAUCUCAGCUGCUGGACGCUAAUUCAGCGCUGGCGCAGAAAGUAAACAGUCUGGAGUGCGAGUUGACUAUUGUGAGAAGCGACGCCCCCGGUUUAUGUAAAGGUUAUCCCAGCGUGGGUGUUCAAACUGUCCGCCACAGAGACGGGGACACUCACGUCUCCGGGUCGCCCUCCAUAGAGGGGAUCUUUGGAAAAGAUUGGUGUAUGGAUCUGUGGAAAGACAGAGACCCAUCCGAUCCACCACAGUCCUCUGAGCCUGUGGCGACGCUGCUCCACCAGAUUCCUGUGUCUCAGAUCAAACAGGAGGCGGAUUAUGUGGAGGACGCUGUAAACUGCUGCCAGCAGGAAACACUUGGUACAGAAGAACAUGAAGAAAGCAUCGCUGAGGAAGCAGAGCACCGGUCAGUCGGUCACUCGGCCGUAGGCAGCACGUGCAGCCUGUCAUUAGAUCCGGAUGUAGAACAGGUUGUGUGUUCAGGUGGUAACGAAGAACCGACAGUUCAGCUGAUAUCCAUCAGUGACACAGAGGGGGCCUUCAGCACUCAUACCAUUCCGAUUGAGGAGGAGGAGGAAGAAGAGGAUGAUGAUGAUGAUGGUGUACAAUUUGUUGAAGAAAGUCAACAAGAGCCAACCAUGAGUGCUGAAGGUGGGCCCAGCAACAACAACCAGGACACAUUACCUGCCAACAGCUCUGAAAACAGCGGCGCUCUGGAUUCCCUUGAUGACUUUAAUACGCUUGAUGUAGAAACCGCCAGAGACCCAAUAGGACACAGGUUCCCAUGUAAGAUAUGUGGCAUGACAUUCUUCCACAAGGGCACUCUGACGCACCACAUGAGGGGCCACAAGUCGAACUUUUGCAAUAUUUGUAAGCGGCAUUUCCCUCACAGGUACAAGCUGAAAUCGCACACCUGCUUGUCUCGGGUUUCCUCUCAGAGGCUCGUCAGUAAAUCCUGUCAUCUGUGCGGGAAGACCUUUGCAAACUCAUCGGCUCUGAGCAUUCACUCUGUGGUCCACACGGGAGAGAAACCUCACCGGUGCAGCUUAUGUGGGAAAGGGUUCACCCAGAAAGGCAAUCUGAAAUGUCACCUGCGGAUCCACACUGGAGAGAAGCCGUUCCGCUGCGUUAAAUGUGGGAGGACGUUCACGCAAAAGGUCAACCUCAACAACCAUUUAAUGGCACACAGAAACAGUGACAUCCCGUAGCUGGGAGACAAUAGCUUUCUUUAUCAGGACGCAUCAUGUGCUACUUCUCACAUGAGUGUAAGGGCAGUUCAUGUCAUGGUUUAAAGACUUGUAGUCUGCACCGUAGUGAAGUGUAGUUUGUUUCUUUAUUUGUUCUUACAAUAAAACACAUGAAUGUUUUGA